AUGAGUAAUAUUGCACUUCGUUUAACGGAUUAUAAAAUUGAGUAUGAUUCACAGCUGACGAAUAACAAACCACUCUAUGUAAAUUACUUUAUUCGAUGCUCGUACAAGGCUAAAACUUCAUCAUUAUCCAAUGAACAAUCCUACACGGUGAUAAAGAGGUAUUCCGAAAUAUUAGAGUUACACAAAAAGAUUUUGAAACAAUUGGGAAAGAGGCUAACAUCAAAUAAUGAGAAAAAGUCGAAUAGUAAUAUUGAGGAGGGACUUAAAUUUCCUGGAAAAUUGUUAUUUGGUAAUUUUAAGGAUGAAAAUAUAAUGAAGAGAAAGGAUGAAUUGCAAAAGUAUUUUGAUCAAAUUACCUCAAUGCCAAUGAUUACUCAGGAUCCAUUGGCUUGUCAAAUUAUUUAUGCAUUCUUCAGAAGAAGUUUGCAACGCAUUUCACCAAGGAGUGUAUUUGGAGAUUAUUAUGACAGAGUUUUGGAAAAGGUCAAGAAAAUGUCUGUUACAUCCGAUGAGGAUUUGAACAUGUUCAAUUCUGUUACUUCACAAGCUUCAAAAGGUACUUCUGAUGUUGUUUUCCAAACCAUCGAUCAAAUUAAGGGGUUGGAUCAACUAGUUUACUUGAACAUGGAUGUUCCAAGUGUGAGUACUACUCACAUGAAAAAUGAAGAAGAUGACUUGGAUGAUUUGUAUUAUAUUGUAAAUAAUUCACCAAAGGAUAAUUUCAAUGAGGACAGAAGUGGAAAUCAUGGUAAAAAGAAGAAGAAUACUCGAGAAUUGAAAUCAAUGUGGUGCAACAUGUUAAUGGAAGAUUGUAUUCCAGCAUUUGUAUCUGAAGAUUUGGAUGUGUUAAAUAAUUUGGAUACAUCAUCAGUUUUCAGCUUGGAUUGGAAUGGAAUGAUUACCAAUCUGUGUCAAGUGAUGAAUAAUUACAACAAGGCCAUUCAAUAUCCUAGAAUGAUGAUGUAUAAGGAAUGUUGUGAAGUUUAUGAAAAGUUAAAGCAAGAACGUGAGAUUGCCCUCAUUCUGAUCUACAAUAGAAUGAAGAAACUGUUCGAAGAUGAUAAGAAAAAUCCAAGAACUACUGAACAAGGAAAGGCAGCCAAGAACUGUCUCUCCGCUUUGGCCCAAAACUGUGUCGAUAUGGCAGUAACUUUUGAAGAAAUUUCAGAGAGUUUUUCCUUAUUGAAAAAGUACUUUUCUGAGCUUGCUAGUAAUAAUCCAAUCACUCAAAGAGAGGAAUUUAUUUGUACUCUUGGCUAUUUGAAUGAAAUUUUAACCAUCCUAAUUGAACAAGUCAAGAAGGGGCAUCAAAAGAAUGUUACACUCCGUCAAAUUCUCAAGACCAUGUUUGUUGUUUUUGAAGAUAUUGCCACAAGUAGAAUGAAGCUAUUCAAACAAAGUCAAACCUCUCAAACAUCAAAUAGUUCUGAUGAAGAAAGCAAAUCUAAAACAUCUGAAAAUGAAGAUCCAGACACUGAUACCUAUAAUGUUCAUUGCAGAGAAUACUUGGAACAUUUCUUGCUUCCAUUUGCUUCUAUCGGUUUCCUUUCAGAGUUGACUUUUAUGGUUCCAGACUCGAUGAAAUAUUUCAUCAUGUAUAAUUGUGCCUUAAAAGAAAAGAGAAUCAAGGCAAUCAUUUCACAAAAAUCAGAAAAUGACAAUAAUGUUGAUAUCCAAAUGAGACAGUAUGCUGAAAAAUUCUUCACAGAGAAGAUGCCACACUCAGAUGAGACAAGAGAGGCCUUGGCUAGAGCAUUCCAAUCUGAACUUCAAAGUUUAAGCAAUAACGAUAUUGUCAAUCCAGACAAUUUGCUUUUUUGUAUUCCCGAACCAUUGCACAGAACAUGUACAUUAUACUGUAUGCGUUUCUUGAGCUUUGUCAAUGAAUUACCAGAGAUGGAAGGUAUUCAAUUUUGUAAAUUAGUUCACCAACAAUAUUCCAGAACAACAAUGCAAGAAAUUGAUCAGUGGAAUGUAAUGAUUCAUGUAUGUGAAAAGACACUGAACAUUGUCAAUCAGGUACACAAGAGCUACUUGCAAAAUAAUUCAGUAGAUAUUGCCAGUACUUCUGACUCGGUCAAGAUUUCCAUAACAUACGAAACCAAAUCCAGAUUAGAUUUAAUUUCCAAACAAUUUUCAGGCUAUUCAGAUAGAUUACAUUUCUAUAAUAACGAAUCUAAACGUCUCAGAUUACUUUAA